UGGUCGCAUAGAGACGUGGCGCAUGCGCAAUCGUGUAUCCGUGCGAUGGACGGGCUCUUGACGGCGGUGCAAUGGCUGCCUGCGAGGGCAGGAGAAGCGGAGCUCUCGGUUCCUCUCAGUCGGACUUCCUGACGCCGCCAGUGGGCGGGGCCCCUUGGGCUGUAGCCACCACCGUAGUCAUGUACCCACCGCCGCCGCCGCCGCCUCAUCGGGACUUCAUCUCGGUGACGCUGAGCUUUGGCGAGAGCUAUGACAACAGCAAGAGUUGGCGGCGGCGCUCGUGCUGGAGGAAAUGGAAGCAACUGUCAAGAUUGCAGCGGAAUAUGAUUCUCUUCCUCCUUGCCUUUCUGAUUUUCUGUGGACUCCUCUUCUACAUCAACUUGGCUGACCAUUGGAAAGCUCCAGGAGGCAUAUAUGGCAAUGAAUUGGCAAGAAAUCAAGAUAAAGGGAAAGGUAGAGCUGUAUUUAACCACUUGUCUAGAACACAGAUGUCAAUUUGAUGCUGUCUGACUGCUUUCUAGGCAUCUGGUCUCUGGCUUUCAGGCUAGAGGAAGAGCAGAAGAUGAGGCCAGAAAUCACUGGGUUGAAACCAGCAAAUCCACCUGUCCUACCAGCUCCUCAGAAGGCAGACACGGACCCUGAGGACUUCCCAGAGAUUUCAUCGCAGAAAUCACAAAGACGCGUCCAGCGGGGACCACCUCACCUGCAGAUUAGACCCCCCAGCCAAGACCUGAAGGAUGGGACCCAGGAGGAGGCCGUGAAAAGGGAAGAAGUCCCUGUGGGCCCCCGCCCGGAAGGAGACCCGCAGCGGACGGUCAUCAGCUGGAGGGGAGCGGUGAUCGAGCCUGAGCGGGGCACCGAGCUCCCUUCAAGAAAAGCAGAAGUGCCCACCAAGCCUCCCCUGCCACCGGCCAGGACACAGGGCACCCCAGCGCAUCCAAACUAUCGCCAGAAGGGCGUGAUUGACGUCUUCCUGCACGCGUGGAAAGGAUACCGCAAGUUCGCGUGGGGCCACGAUGAGCUGAAGCCUGUGUCCAGGUCCUUCAGCGAGUGGUUUGGCCUUGGUCUCACGCUGAUCGAUGCACUGGACACCAUGUGGAUCUUGGGUCUGAGGAAAGAAUUUGAGGAAGCCAGGAAGUGGGUGUCGAAGAAGUUACACUUUGAAAAGGACGUGGACGUCAACCUGUUUGAGAGCACGAUCCGCAUCCUGGGGGGGCUGCUGAGUGCCUACCACCUGUCUGGGGACAGCCUCUUCCUGAGGAAAGCUGAGGAUUUUGGAAAUCGGCUAAUGCCUGCCUUCAGAACACCAUCCAAGAUUCCUUACUCAGAUGUGAACAUCGGCACUGGAGUCGCGCACCCGCCACGGUGGACCUCCGACAGCACGGUGGCCGAGGUGACCAGCAUUCAGCUGGAGUUCCGGGAGCUCUCCCGCCUCACAGGGGCUAAGAAGUUUCAGGAGGCCGUGGAGAAGGUGACGCAGCACAUCCACGGCCUGUCUGGGAAGAAGGAUGGGCUAGUGCCCAUGUUCAUCAACACCCACAGCGGCCUCUUCACCCACCUGGGCGUGUUCACGCUGGGCGCCAGGGCCGACAGCUACUAUGAGUACCUGCUGAAGCAGUGGAUCCAGGGCGGGAAGCAGGAGACACAGUUGCUGGAAGACUACGUGGAAGCCAUUGAGGGGGUCCGGACACACCUGCUGCGGCACUCUGAGCCCAGUAAGCUCACCUUCGUUGGGGAACUUGCCCACGGCCGCUUCAGUGCCAAGAUGGACCACCUGGUGUGCUUCCUGCCAGGGACGCUGGCCCUGGGCGUCUACCACGGCCUGCCCGCCAGCCACAUGGAGCUGGCCCGGGAGCUCAUGGAGACUUGUUAUCAGAUGAACCGGCAGAUGGAGACGGGGCUGAGUCCCGAGAUCGUGCACUUCAACCUUUAUCCCCAGCCGGGCCGUCGGGACGUGGAGGUCAAGCCGGCAGACAGGCACAACCUGUUGCGGCCAGAGACCGUGGAGAGCCUGUUCUACCUGUACCGCGUCACAGGGGACCGCAAGUACCAGGACUGGGGCUGGGAGAUUCUGCAGAGCUUCAGCCGGUUCACGCGGGUCCCCUCGGGCGGCUAUUCUUCCAUCAACAACGUCCAGGAUCCUCAGAAGCCCGAGCCCAGGGACAAGAUGGAGAGCUUCUUCCUGGGGGAGACUCUCAAGUAUCUGUUCUUGCUCUUCUCUGACGACCCAAACCUGCUCAGUCUGGAUGCCUACGUGUUCAACACCGAAGCCCACCCUCUGCCCAUCUGGACCCCUGCCUAGGGGGGCUGCUGCUGGCGUGGGGACUUCGGGUGGGCGGAGGCGCCUGGCUGGGUCUGUGGCAUUUUCCAAAGGCCCACGUGGUGCCGGCAGCCACUGAGUGGCCCGGGCUCUGAGCUGGCUCUGGGCUCCCCUCGUCUCUCUUUCAUCAGGACACCGUGAGGCUGAGUGAGAGCCGCAGUCUUUGUGUGGGGCGGGGUGGGCCGGGCCCCUGGAGCCUCUGCCUGCCUCCUCCAGAAAACACGAAUCAUGACUCACGAUGACUGAAGCCUGAGCAGGUCUCUGUGGCCGACCACAGUGGCCUUCGAGGUGGUCCCUGGUACUGUGGUGACCGAGUGGACAGCCCAGGGUGCAGCUCUGCCCAGGCUCGUGAAGCCUCAGAUGUUCCCAACCCAAGGGUCUGCAGGGGCUGCUGUGACCCCACAGGCCCGAGGCUCCAGGGCUGGCUCUGGUGUUUACAAGCUGGACUCAGGGAUCCUCCUGGCCGCCCCACAGCGGGCUUGGAGGGCUGGACGGCAAGUCCAUCUGGCUCACAGGCCCCUCCAGUGGAAUGGGUCUUUUCGGUGGAGAUAAAAGUUGAUUUGCUCUAAC